UCCCUGAUCCCAAUAUCAAUCAAUCUUGAUAAGAAAUGGCGGUUAGGAUGAUGAACUGGAGGCCAUGGCCACCACUUUCGUCUAAGAAAUUCGAAGCCAAGAUUGUUGUAUGUCGUCUCCAAGGCUUACCUGAGAAGAUUACAAGUUCCGGCGGUGGCGGUGGGUGUGGGGAAUCUCGGGAUUUUUCAAAAUUGGGUGUUGAAGUUAAGUGGAAAGGGUCUAUUAAGUCGAACAAUCGGUUGAAUUUCAAGCGGAGCAGUGUGAAGAGGAAUUUGACUAAGGAAGAAUCAUUAAACGAUGAUGGAGUUGUUGAAUGGAAUGAAGAAUUUGUUGCGGUUUGUAAUUUGGUGGCUUUUAGAGAUGGUUUUCAUCAGUGGGAAGUUGCAUUCAGAGUGUUUGAUGGCUUAAAUCAAGGACCAAAAAGACGGGAUCAUGCUGUUGCAACUGGAUCAUUGAACCUUGCUGAAUUCUCUUCGGCUGAGCAGGAAAAGACCCCAAUAAGUAUUCAUCUCUCAGUGCCGGAUAGCGUUGAGUGUAGUCCUAUACUCUCUGUGUCACUCAGCCUCCUAGAACUCAGAAAUGCAUAUGAGGUUACAGAUUUCGCACAAAGAUCCGUUGUGCCUCCUCCAUUGUUACCCUACAACGAAGAAGUCUCGACUACAUUCAAAGAUGAGCCAUCGGGUCUUAAAGCUGGUAUUAAGAAAUUUAAAAUCUUUAGAGUAAUUUCGGCUAACCGGACUAAAAUAGCAUGUCGUGAAGAAGAGGUUAGCGAUGGGAAAAGCAUCACAGUCAGAACCGAGGGUGCAGAUUACCCUUUUGACACAGACUCACUUAAUGGAUCAGAUGGAGUUGAUUCUGAAGAUGUAGAUUAUGCUGAUUCUAGUGUUAGGAAGUCAUUCAGCUAUGGAACUCUGGCUAAUGCAAAUCAUGCUGGAAGAUUGUCUUACUUCAAUUCAAGUGGUAGUGAAGAUGAGGAUCAAAUAUACUACCGAAACUAUAAAACGGAAGCGGGUGAUUUAAGCGUUUCUAUGAUCGAUCACUCGGAAAAGCUAAUCUCGAAGCGUAGGAUCUUCCCAUGGAGGAAAAGGAAGUUGAGUUUUCGAUCUCCAAAAGCCAAAGGAGAGCCACUUCUAAAAAAGGAUGUUGGAGAAGGUGGGGAUGAUAUCGACUUUCAUCGUCGAAUGCUGAGCUCAUCGGAUGAUUCCACAUGUGGGCAUCACAGAAGUGACGAAGGCUCAACGACAAGUAGAUCUUCGAUUUCCGGAUUUGGAGACGACGAUUUUGCCGUCGGUAGAUGGGACAACAUGGAAGUUACAAGUAGAGAUGGGCAGAUGAAGCUCCAAACCCAAAUUUUCUUCGCUUCCAUCGACCAAAGAAGCGAAAAAGCAUCUGGGGAGAGCGCAUGCACGACUUUAGUUGCCACCAUUGCCGAUUGGUUCCAAAACAACCGCCAUGAAAUGCCGAUCAAGUCCGAACUAGAUAGUCUGAUUCGAGAAGGAUCGUUAGAGUGGAGAAACCUCUGUGAAAACGAGGUUUAUAAGAAACGCUUCCCGGAUAAGCACUUCGAUCUUGAAACGGUCCUUCAAGCCAAGAUCCGUAAUCUUGCUGUAAUACCCGAAAAGUCCUUCAUCGGAUUCUUUCAACCGAAUGAGCUCCAAAAGGGCGUUUUCGACUUUCUUGAUGGUGCUAUGUCGUUCGAUAGCAUAUGGGAUGAAAUCAGCCAAAUCGGCUCGAACCAUGAUGACAUCAUGAACCCAUUGGUCUAUAUCGUGAGCUGGAAUGAUCACUUUUUCAUCUUGAAAAUUGAUCGGGAUGCAUACUAUAUUAUCGACACCUUGGGAGAGCGGCUAUAUGAAGGGUGCAGUCAGGCGUAUAUGCUGAAGUUCAAUCAAGAUACACGAAUUCAACGAGUACCCAAUGAGACGGAAAAUCCGAAUGAAAAAAAGGAAGGGAAAAAGGCUGAUCGAAAUGAAGUUCAGAAGGAGGAAUUCACGGUGUUCGGAGGUAAAGAAUCGUGCAAAGAGUACAUCAAGAGCUUUUUGGCUGCGAUUCCGAUAAGAGAACUGCAGGCCGAUCUCAAGAAAGGGUUAACGCCGGCAUCGAGCCCUCUUGUUCAGCAUCGACUGCAAAUCGAAUUUCACUACACCGAGUGUUUGCCGCAGCAGCAAACACUGAUCCAUUGACCAAAGGGUCAUUGGUUCAACAGUAUCUGGAUUACGGGUAGAGUCCAACUUUUUAAGAGGUAAAAGGUUCAAAUCUCACCGUAUUAAAUAUGGAUGAGUAUUUACCAUAUAUAAAUAUUAUAUACAUGAUAUUAACAACACUGAUAAGAUUAACUCCAGUUAACUGUUCUUUAACUGUUUUUCCCUUUUUGCCCCUCUUGGAGUUUCUGAUAACUUGCUGAAUCAACAAGUGAUCCCAUCAUAAUGGGUUUUUUUAUUAACCUAGAUAUCCAACCCGUUAUGC